AUGUCCGAUCACACUGAUUAUUCUCCUUCACACAAAACAACACUAGUCAAAAAUCCUGAAGAAUUUUUACAUUUUGCCAAUGAAAUUCUUCGUAAUAAAAAUCAAACGACAACACAAAAUAAUCCCGAUCAUAAUUUAAAAGAAAAUAUUUCAUGGACAAAUAUUCCUCGUCAACAAUUUUUAGAAAUACCAGUCACCACUGCUACCAACUCAUUUCCAAAUGGUUCAACAACAAUUUCAUCGGGACUAUGUGUGUUAAAUAAUUUAUGUCGUUUAAUUGAACAAAUUCAAACAUUACGAACAGAAAAUGAACAUUUACGAUCACGAAUCGAAAUAAUUGACAAUAUUCAUAAAUUCCAACGUAUGUCAGAACAAUUAAAUUUAGAAACUGAAAAUAUUUUAUCAACAAAACGAAAAAUAACAUUGAGAGCAUCAUUGAAAGAAGAAAAUACAAUAGAUGGUGUAGGAGGAUCAAGAAAAAAAUUAAAAUUUAUAAGAGAUAAACUUCGAUCCAAUGAUGAUAAUAUACUAAGCGAAAUAACGAAUCAAAGUAAUAAUAAUAACAAUAAUAAUAAUAUGUUAAAAGCACCAACUGUUCGUGUGGGUUCAAUCAAGAGACAAAAUACAAAUCAGAAUAACGAUCACCAUCAUAGUACAUCAAUAGUUGUUGAUCCUAUUACUGUCAAGACGACUUCAAACUUGUACAUUGAUGAAGUUACAGAUGAAUCAGGUUCAGUACAUUCCACAUUUCGCGUCAAACCUCAAUGGAAUAAUUGGAAUAAAGUGCGACACGUCUUCAGAGUUUAUACCGAAACGUUAAGACGAAAACGAAGUAUAACAGAGAUUGCCUCUUCACCAACUACAAAUAAAAUAAUGAAUUCAAAUAUGUAUGGUUCAAUUAAAAAAGAAAAUUUAAUAGUACCGAGAAUUGUUUGUUCAUCAUUUGAAAGUGAUGAUGAAAAUAAUCCCCGUAACCACGAUAUCAAUGAUAAUAUCCACGUAUUGCAUCGUGAAGAAGAUGUAGAAAAAAAAUUUACUCGAGAAAAAAUGAUGAGUACUGAUACGGCAAAUUCGUCGAGUACAGACAGACAAGAUUCGGUGGAAACUCGAUAUGAUACACAAGAAGAUUUGACACGAUCAUUAGAUCGAAAGCAAUCAAAAAUCGCUCGAUAUGGACGAAAAAUAAAAUCAAAAUUGGAUAAUGUUAAAAAACAAUUUGAAAUUUCUGGAGGACAACGACGUAAUUUCACAUCAUUCGAAGAGAAUAAUACUCUACACAAUCAAGAAUUAAAAAUAACAUUAGCACCAGCACUAACCAAAGAAUAUCGAAAAAAAAUGCAAGAAUGGGAAGCAAUGCAAAAAAUGAAUUUUUUAGUUAAUUAUCGACGACAAUCGACUGGCAAGAUUGAUGCUAAACCAAAUUCCCGUAAACAGUCGAGUGAAAAAACUACAGAAGGAAUCAAUAAUAUAAUUCGACAAACAUCAUCUCAUCAUACACUAUCACAUUUAAUAGUUAAUACUCCUGAUGUUGAGAUGAAUUAUAUCAAUGGUGAAAAUGAUUUUACUAAUCAUGUCGAUGGUGGUAAUGAUGCUUUGUUUGAUAAACCUUUAUUAUCUCCAAAUCAGCGUACACAAAUGGUUCAUCAAUGGCGAACAAUAAUGAAUGAAGAAAUAACGUUGAGACACUAUUUAGAAUGUAUCGAGAAUAAAAUGACCUGUUUAAAACUUUUGGAACGCGAAUUAAAAUCAUUAAAAACUACAAUAUUUUGUACAAAUAAUGAAAGUGAUGAGGAUGAAAAAUCUCCGACAACGGGAACAAAUAAUACUCACCGAAUAAAACUUAAUAGUUUCGAACAGUUAAAUAGGUUGAACACUUGUCAAGAUAAGGAUAAAAUUCAACGUUCUCGGUCGCUGGAAACAUUGGAAACAGUUUCUACUUUGUGGGUAUUGGCUGUGCGUAGUGCUGCCUAUUCCGAUAUACUCGAUGGAACAUCGGGUACAAGGCCUUUAAUACGAAAUAUGGACUUUUUUCGACAAUUAGAUAAAAUUCAAGCUGGAAGAAAACUAUUUGGUGAAAGUUUGAUUAACGAUAUACAAGCAAUAAGAGAAAAAAGACUAAUAGGUGUCAACACAAUUUCUGACCAUGCUAAGGCUGAAUCCCAAAUACCAAAAUUGUUUGUACAAAAUCAAAAUCACAAGAGGUUAAACGAUGAAUUUACCUCUAACAAACGAAAUGAAUAUCGUGCUCAACUAAAAAAACAUUUAUCAGAUCCAAAAGAAUUUCCAAAUUAUUGGGAAGUAAAAGAUAAUGUUCGAAUACUCACAUCGUCUCUGUCUCCAAAUCAGACAGAAAUCGAACAUAUUGAAUCACUCAUUGACGAAAAUAA